CUCCGCUGUCCUCUUCCCAGUGAGUUAAAAGGGACUGGCAGGUAUUACUCUUGAUUUGUUUUCUUUUGGUGGCAAAACGCUGCGUUCAAGGUGGGCCUGAUGAACUAAGUGGCACCAUCCUAAGCGUCCAUCACUAAACGCUCCAAGCGGGCCCACAUCGAGAGAUGAGCGCGGAGCACCUAACCUCUUCUCGGAUAGCCGACUACCACCGAGUACGAGUGGCUCAGUACAUUUCCGCUCCGCCUAAUAUCCGAACGAGUGGCGGGCACUGCCCCUUCAAACCCAAAGGCCAAAUCUAACUCUCAAGUCAAUACUUCAAAAUUAAAAUCCGCGAUAUAUAUAACUUGCGGAGUACUAGAGUGUGGGUCUCGUUACGGUCUUCGGUGGCGAUGACUCUUCCGGCAACUUCCUCCUCCCCCGCCUGCGGCGUCGGCAUGGCGGCCUUCGUUUCUCCUCCGAGGCGCCUCCAUCAGCCCCGUGCUGUCGUCCGGGCCACAGUGGAACCUUCAAGCAAAUCUGUUGAAAUAAUGAGGAAGUUCUCUGAGCAAUACGCUCGUAAGUCUGGAACAUAUUUUUGCAUUGACAAAGGUGUUACCUCUGUUGUUAUUAAGGGUUUGGCGGAGCAUAAAGAUUCACUGGGUGCACCACUUUGCCCUUGUAGGCAUUAUGAUGACAAACCUGCUGAAGCAGGGCAGGGCUUUUGGAAUUGUCCAUGUGUUCCCAUGAGAGAGAGGAAGGAGUGCCACUGCAUGCUUUUCCUCACACGAGAUAAUGAUUUUGCUGGCCAGGACCAGACCAUCUCUUCGGAAGAGAUCACAGAAGCGACAACAAAUAUGUAGCAUUGUUGUGCCUCAAAUUUUCUCACUGUAACAACGAUGAUCACUUGUAUGUAUAUUUGUGUGUUGAUAAAAAAAUAACCAUUCUGCUUUUGUUACUA